AUGGGGAUAGUUAUACCGCUAGCAUCUGUUUCUGGGUUUUGGGUUCUUGUGGCUUUAUGUUCGUUACUAGUUCCCAAAGGGCCCAACCGAGGUAUUAUUCAAACAAUGAUUAUUUUAACUGCUGCGUGUUGUUGGCUUUUUUGGAUAUUAGUUUAUUUACAUCAGCUCAACCCUCUUAUUGGACCUCAAAUACCAGUAAGAACGAUCCGGUGGAUAAGCGAGAAAUGGGGAGAUGCUCCAGAACUAGUUGAUAAAUAG